ACGUCGUCUCGUGUCGUCUCGUCGUCAUGUUUUGUUUUGUUUUGCCAAUAUUAUGUUCAACUAUUUAUUCAAUUAACAUCAAUUGAUAAUAUUAAUACCUAUUAAUAUUCAUUCAAAGUUAUUAUUAAUUUUUUAUACCCUACAAUCUAACAUUAUCCCAUAGCCAUAACCACAACCCGGCCCAGAAGAACUGCAGCAGGUAGUUUCUGAAGAGCUUAAGGGUUCUAGCUAGUUUUACUAUUGUUGAGUAAAAUGGCUGACAGAAUAGAGAUGUUGCCGCCCAAAAAAAAGAGAACAAAAGGUCUGACAAAGGAAGAUCUAUUAAUUUUGGACAAAAAUGAUUUAGUAGAAAGGAUUCUGCAAUUAGAAGCACACAAUCAUCAGUUAAAAAAUAAAUUAAGCAAAAACUUGGAAAAUGGGAGAAACAGUGACAGUGUUACAAGAGAAAAUAGAAAAUUUGACUUUGCCAAAUGUCACUACCGUCGGGUACUUCUACACAUCCUAUACUUCGGAUGGGACUACCAAGGCUUUGUUGUGCAGGAAGACACAACACAGACUGUAGAACACCAUCUGUUUCACGCUUUAAAAAAGUCAUGUUUGAUAGAGAGCAGGGAAAAGUCCCAAUAUAAUAGAUGCGGGAGGACUGAUAAGGGAGUUAGUGCGUUUGGACAGGUGAUAUCAAUAACGUUACGCAGCAACCACGAAUCAUUUGAACAGACUCUGCCGGAUUCCCUGUCAUCAGAAUUGCCGUAUUGCAAGAUCUUGAACAGAUUGUUGCCGAAGGAUAUCCGAGCUGUAGCGUGGAUGCCGAUACCUGAGGAUAAACCGGAGUUCAGUGCAAGAUUCAAUUGCAAUAAGAGAAAAUAUAAAUACUAUUUCCCAAAAUCGUCCCUCGACGUGUGCGCAAUGCGCACCGCGUGCGGCUAUCUGAUUGGCUCGCACGACUUCCGCCAUCUUUGUAAGAUGGACGUCGGUAAUAACGUCACGGAAUUUCGGAGGGAGAUAUUCACAGCAGAUAUUGUCCCUGUUGAUGAAAAUGAUCGUGACUGUGCUACUUCGAUGUAUCAAUUGGUGAUAGAAGGUUCUUCAUUUCUUUGGCACCAGAUCAGGUGUAUAAUGGCCGUAUUAGUCCUGGUUGGCCAAGGGCAGGAACCGCCUAGUGUUGUCAAAGAGUUGCUGGAUGUAGACAAAUAUCCAAGAAAGCCGCAAUACACCAUGGCACUUCACAUUCCUCUAAACUUGUUCCACUGCAGCUACGACAUAGACGACUGGUAUUAUGAUAAAGAGGAAUUAAAGAAUGUUAUAGCACAGUUGCAGAACGAUUGGACUAUACAUAAUGUCAAGUCUACCAUGAUAAAAGACUGUGUGACCAAUCUAGAAGGCAUUCUAGACAGCGUGGUAGAAAAGAUACCUACGGAUUACGUUGACACCAGUAUGACCAAGGACCGAGUGAUGGCGCAUACCAACUGUUUGAUACAAGGAGUCAAACCUAGAACUUAUAUACCGCUGUUUGAAAGGGAAACAUGUCCUAGCCUUAAAGAAAGGAUUGAAUACUACGCAAAAAAAAGAAGAUUAGAUGAGACGGAAUAGGUUUAUUUAAAAAAAUCUUCCUUUUUUAAAUUGUUAAGGCGAAAUAAACUUUUAUAAAUUGUUAAUU